GAGAUACGUUUAGUUAUCCACACAGUAGGGCCCAAGGCUUCCUAUAAGCAUUGUACUUCGGAAAGAUUGCACUAAGCGUUACUGCCGUUUUCAUAUAUGCUGCGAACUCGUUCCAGCUGCUAGACCGUCAUUCAAACUAACCAAGAUACGUUUUGUGCUUUUUGAUUUAUCAGUGCCUUUUGGAGAGGCAGCAGGUGAGUGUAAACCAUUUCCAUGUUGCUAAUGAAAACGCUUCAAGGAUUUCUAAUAACAGAAUUCAGAAGGCAAUUGAGCUGUUGGGAAUCGUAGAAGAGAGCUCGCAGGGUAAAGAAAGCCGCGCAGUAAGCUGCUCCCUUGCUUGUACACACAACACUACCUCAGAGGCAUGGCUUCCUACAACUUUUCGUGCUACCAUUUCACUAAAUCGGUGCAAGAAGGCCAGAUAACAACUCCGAGGAUUAUUUCGUUAGCCCUCUUUAACAGUUUGACUCUCUUACCAACAAUGUUUCUGAAUGCUUUGAUUCUCAUCACCUUAUGGCGAACACCAGUACUUCACACACCUCAAAUGGCUCUUCUCGCGAAUAUAGCGCUGUCCGACCUCAUCGUCAGCAUCGUUGCUCAGCCGAUUACUAUAACACUUCUUGUUUUGGAUUUGAACCCAAGUGCCAGGCCAAAGGCUUAUUGUGCUAUCUCUAUGGCGCAACUAAUCGCUACAACACUUUUCGGGGGGGGUUCCCAUUUGGGCAUCACCGCAUUGACGGUUGAUCGAUUUCUGGCAUUAAACUAUCAUCUUAGAUAUCCUUCCAUCGUUUCAAUGCGAAGAGUUGUCAGUGUGGCUGUUAUAUUUUGGGGGGCUGCGGUGUUAACGUCAAUUUUGUGGAUCAUUUUUGGGAAAACAAUCUUCAAUAUUAGUGUGUGUGUCAUGAUGACGUUGUGUUUUGUUACGAUAGUGAGCUGUUUUUGGAAAAUUUACAAAAUAUUAAAAAGACAUAAGACACAAAUUAAUGCUGUGCAGGUAGAAACUGACAUCCCUAAUACCCAUUCGAUCAAAAAGUACAAGAAAUCAAUAACAAGUUCUUUGUAUAUAUACUUUACAUUUAUCCUAUGUUCCACACCAACAAUGGCUGUUCUGAUUUACGAAAGCCUCGUCGAAAAUAAGAAGUUAUCUCGAACACUUCUUAGAGUCGCCGUUACUAUUCUAUUUACAAACUCCCUUUUGAACCCUGGUAUUUAUAUGUGGAAGAUGAGAGACCUUCGGAUGGCCGUAAAACAAACAUUGCAUAAAAUGAGACAGUGGUUUGGUCCUAGAAGCACGGGACUGGAACAGAUGCGGGUUGCUUGGAAAACAUAACCAAAGCUAAACUUUUUAAAGUGCAAAAGGGGCAAAAGGACAACACAGAGUUUGUCAGCAUAAAUUUCAUACAUAAUAAAGCCCCACAAUUUUCUGUAUA